CACUGCGCCAAGCAGGCGAAUUCAGCUGUAGAUUUCGUUGCUUACGACCAACCCUUGCGUGAAGCUUGGUCCUGCUGGUCACGGUCAGAGACUUGCCUGUCGAGGGUGCUCGUUCUUUCCUUCACGCCUAAAGCUCAAACUGCUCUCUUAAGAUAGACAGUGACUAUACAUAGUGAGAAACACUGCAAAAAGCACACCAACUCUGUUGCGCGCUCGAUCACUAGAAUGUCCAACGCUAAGUUCGCUCCGCCCUCGGGAGCUAUUUCUUCAGCAUCCGGAAAUGUAGCGGAGGUCGCAGCCAGCUCCACGCCCAGCGAAGUCAUCUCGGCAAUUGUCACCUCUGCAUCGUCACCACCCCAGCGCACGAGCAACCCCAACCGCUGGCUCCUAUUUGGGUUCUUCUUUCUGGUCAUCUUUGCCAGCAUUGUCUCUUUCCGCGAGGAGAUCUACACCUUUACCACAGAUAUCCACAAGUACCCCAUCCUAUCGGUGGUGGAGGCCUCGCAGGUGCGCAAAUACCUGGGCUCCGGCUGGACCUUUGGCACGGGUCAGGACCAGGUGCACACGAUAGACCCCGACGCAGCAGCCGCAGUAUCAGGUGCAGAUGCCGCCACUGGGGCCACUGGUGCGGCCGGCUCAACGGGGGCGGCGGCGGCCGCUGCGCCGGCGGCGGCAGCGGCAAGGGCGGUGGCGCAGGCGGCGGGAGGUGCAUUGAAGAACGCGACGGCCGCGGCUGCAGGGCGGCUGCUGCGGGCGCGGUUCGCGUGAACGGACUGAUAUUGUGUUGGGGUGUGCAUUAGAUGUGUGUGUGGGGGGGUAUGGCACUGCUGUGGGGGGUACUCUUGUGCCGAGGAGCAGUGGAGGCGCCACUGCACUGCAGACGUGCAGGUGGCGCGGCGGCCGUGCUGUUGCUCCUGUGACCAGGAAGUGUGCCGACCUUCUGUACGACUGUGCAUGUGACACGGUUACUCGGUACGGCCGCACGCCGGCCCUAGUUGCCAUGAGUGGUGGUAUUAGAAGUGGCCGGCGGCGCAGCCUGGUUCCUAGGUGUCUGAGACCAUCGCUUGAGGGGUGCUUACGACGUGGCUUGUGCAUGCGCGCGGUGUGCGGUGUGCGGAGCCGGCGUCGUGUGGGCUGACUGUUGGUUGUGGGUUACAUUAGAGGCAACGGGUGGCGUUGCCUCUGACUGGUUCGCUUUGCCCAGACACAACUGAAGUAGCCGGCGCGCCGGCAUAUGCCCGGGCAGGGGCGACUUUGAACUGGGGGCUAGUCGCCCCGAGGUGUGAGUAGCUAAGAGUACAUGUUGGGUGGUGCAGUGCGCAGGGCCGGCACAAGCAAUAGUGGGCAAGCCAUGAUUAGUGUGCACAGUAGGACGGUGUUAGGUGCGCCGCACCCACGCGUGCUUGCUGCCUGUAGGAUAGACUCGUCACGAUUUUGCUGGAUAAGCUUGUGCACAUGAGGGACCGUUGGCGAUGCUGACAGGUGGCGCCUGCGUUGAGCUGGGGAACGGGCAAUACUGGGAACACUUUUUUGCGCUCAACAAAGCUGUCGUGAACUGUAAAGAUGAGGCAAG